UUAGCAGCGUACUACUCUUGAUUCCUAGAAAUCAACAUGUCCUGGUUCCUCCAAACCGGUUAAUAAGAAUCAGUGAAAGGUCACAAUGAAAUGAGAUAUUUCCUCCCCCUCCCAGCUUUUAAGAACUGUAUCUGUGGCAGGGACCCGGUGGGUGUGAAAACACCAAAAAUAGGAAGUUCAGAGUCCGAGUCUCACACUUCAGCUCCACGGUGUUCAGGGCUGUAUCUGCUCCUUGAAAGGAGGCAUAUAGGGGUGUGGAAGCCUUCAGAGGGCAAAAGGUGCAGGGGAUACCCCAGCUUCAUUAUUUCCCAUGGGGAUCCAUUCCAGCCAUGGUCAUUGCUGAUUCCUGUAUCUGUAAAGACGCUCCAGCUGCCAGGGAGUGAGAACUGAGAGGGCCAGCGAUCCACCUGCUGUGAGGCGGCUAUCCCACCGGCAGCUCUUGGCUCAGGAGGUCUGACUAGGUGACCUAAUGGUCCCUUGUGGCCUUGAUGGAUCAGUGAAAGGUCCCCUCAGUGCAGGGAGGGGAGGUUUUGUAUCUCACAGAAGGUCCCAACCUCUCCCACCUGACCAACAGAGCUUGGCUUCCACAUUCAACAGGUGACAAAGAAGGAGUUAACAAGUGUGAGUGCAAGAACCCCAGGCUGGUGAUCAGCCCAGAGCACAGGGAGCAGGACUGAGCUGGUGGGCGCAGGCUGGUGUGAAGAUGAAGUUGUUCUGCAGUGCUCUGCUGGCUCUGUGCUGGGCUUUCAGGGUCGGAGAAUCUCGAGAGAGCCUCCCGAUGCAGAGCCUGCGCUGCUACAAUGACUUCACCUCCCGGACGACCUGCAUGUGGCAGGAGUGCACAGCGGCACGUCGCUUCAUCCAGGUGACUCUUCACCAUGAGGACAAUUCAGACAACUCCUCCUCACCCACUUUCUCUGCACAUGGGAGAAGCACACAGAUCCUAUGUGAGCCUCAGGGAGGCAAGGAGUUGCCCAUCUGCCAGGACUCCUGUGUCUGCUGGAGCUGCCACAGGAACAGCACCAUGUUUGUUUCUGGGCUGCGCGACAGUUACACUUUCAAACCCGAUCGGUUGCUGCAGGCCGAGCUGAAUGUCAGUCUCCUCCAGGUCCAGACCCUCCCACCACAGAAGCGUUGGAUCAAUGUCACAGAAGCAACCUGGAAAGCAGCUGGAGGGAGAAAGAGAAGACACCGGCUGCCCAAUGCACUGGAGCUUGACAUGACCUACAAGCGGGAGUGGGAAUCCCAGGAGAAAUCUUCCUCAGUGUCAGUCGCAAAAUCCUCCCAUUGCCUGCUGAGUUGUGAUGCCCUUGUGCCAGGCAGCACCUAUGUAGCUCGUGUGCGAUCCAAGCCAAGCCAGGGUGCUGGUUGGUCUGGGCAGUCCGGUGAAUGGAGCACUGCCGUGUCCUGGAAGUCCCAGGAAGGGGAUGAGGCUCAGCCCAAGAACCUUCGCUGCCUCUUCAAUGGGGUUGAUCGGCUAAUGUGCAGCUGGGAAGUGAGGACAGAAGUCACCAGCUCUGUCUUGUUCACGCUCUUCUAUAGAACCCCACCGGGAUCAGAAGAGACAGAAUGCUCUCCAGUCCAUGAGGAGGAAUUGCCUGGCAGCCACUACCUGUUCCACAGCUGUGAGAUCAAUGUCACCAACCCCAGCAGGCUGAGCCAGUACCUCAUAACUGUCCGGCCCAAGGAGGAGGAGAAACUGAUUCAAGCCUCCCAAAACAUCAAGCCGCUUGCGCCUAUCAACGUAACAAUGACAAAGAUGAAAGACCAGGAGUAUGAGCUGAGAUGGACAAAACAGAUCCUAAGCUAUGACCAUAUAGGCCAGAGAUAUGAAUUCUUAUAUUGGAAGACUGACUCCUUGGAGAAUGCCCAGAUUGUAAACAUCAGCAAUGACAAGCCUCCCCGCAUCUUCACCCUGCAGAUGCUGGAGCCCUCCACACGCUAUAGGGGAAAAAUGCGGGCGAGGGUGCACUCGGAUAGCUACAAGGGGCCCUGGAGCGAGUGGAGUGAGGAGUGCACCUGGGAAACUGAGAGUGUCCGGUCACCACUCAUUCUCCCAUUGCUGGUCCCAGUCUUCACCAUCAUGCUGAUAGCAUUUGGCUGGUGUGGUUAUAGAUGCCUACUCAGCAAGAAGGAAAAAUGGGAGGAAAAGAUUCCAAAUCCCGGCAAGAGCCAGCUGCUCCAGAGCUACUUCCAGAAAGGACCGCUCAGGAUUCCGCUGUCGAGCAGCAGGCUGGGCUUUGGCAAGCAGAGCCCUUCCGAGAAGACAGACAUGGUCAGCUUCAUCCAUGUGCUGGAUGGACCAAUGAAAGUUAGUUCAGCAGAGCUCCCUGCAGCCGUGGACGAUAGGAGGAUGUGCUUCUUUGGUGCACUGGACCCAGAGAACCCGUAUCAGACUCUUGAAAUGACAACUCCAGCUCCAUAUCCUGCAGCCCUGGCUGGCUGCCAUUCAAGUCAGGGCACCAGUCAGUCCCUGUCACCAGCCACGCUCCCCUGGAGGAGCAGUGCUAAGGCCACUGCUUCUCAGGCACCCAUGUCCUGCUUUGACUUUAAUGGUCCAUACUUGCACUUCCCCCAUGGGUGCUCCCUGCUUGACAUUCAUCAGGACUGGGAAACUGCCCCACCCCAGGGAACCCCUUCCCAGACCCUUCUGGUUGGGCAGGAGAGAGGAGCAGCUCAACUCCACCCCGUCUCACUUCCUGCUCAGGAAGAAAUGAAGCAGCCCCUUGCUGGAAGGCAAGAAGAGCCACAAGGCCAGCCAGCAGGUGGGGAAGUGGCGCAAGGGGACACCGAAGAUCAAAAGUCACAGAUGGCUGCCAUCUUAAACAACUCCUGUCAGAAAUGGCCAGUGGGAUACGUCACCACGGAAGAUCUGUCAUUGAUGUCAGCAAGAGAUUCUGCCCAUCUGUCCCCUGCACUGGCCCCGCCGGAGGGAAUGCUCACUGCUGCUGCCAUGUUGUCAUCCAACCCAUGACGGCCCAGGCCACGCAGGGCACCUCCAGCCCUGCAUUGAGCCCUGAGAGAACUCAUGUCGCACUCCCAGUUCCAGGUCCAGCAUCAGUCACUCCCUCUGGAGCGCACCAGCAUAUUUUUGGGAGUCACAUAAUGUUCCUCCAGGCCCCCUAUUACACUUCACAACCCAUCAGUGUUUCCUGAACCAGUGUUUCCUUUCUGUCAGAGGGGGCUGAUACUUCUAAAGCAGAGCCUGUGCACGAGAGUAACGUGGUCAUGUUCAACCCCGAUGACACUAGGCCAGUUUUUCUACACGAGAUGGAGGAAUACUGCUUCUUUCCUAGCCUCAAACCCACACACAGGCCAUUCAGCUCAUCAGAACUCUGAAGUGUGACGCUUACCUUGCAUUGCCACUUUGGGAAGGACCGAAACCAGCUGUCAGGGCCAGGGAACUCUGCUAACUCUGGGAGAGGACUGGUGAAGACAAGAGAGCAGGUGAUUGGAUGAAAAUUCCACCAUUCAAAGCAUGUCACCUCUAUUGUUUUCCCCCCUGUUCUCCACCCCUCUUACAUUGGGACACAAAAAUAGCAAUUCUUCUUUCCAGCCCUCUCCACUCCCAAAGGGGGUGGAAGACAUCAAUCAGCACCAUGUCCUUCUCAGCUGUAUUAGUAUAUUUGGAUACAGAAACCAGGAAAUAUAUCCCCAUUGGAGAGAGCUGCUCAUUACACACACUCUAAUCCCCUUGCCAUUACCAUGUUAGUCUUGCUAUGGUUCUGGUGCAGAACAUAAUGUUGAGUUCAAUGCAAACUUCACGGCAUGAAUGAUCAAACUGCAUGUCACCGAUAAGACUCUGUCACAAGCACCUGGAAUGAAAUGCCUCACAUUCUUUAAACAGAUCUAGGUUAUUUAGAGAGAUAAUACUCAUCCAGAAGAAUUGGUGUUGGAAGGAUGUAGAUACCAAGGAGGGAUUGGAAUUGUUGAGUAUGGGACAAAGUGGGUCAGAGUAAGGGAUGAAACAGAAACAGGGAAAUUGGGCUGGGGAUCAGGAAACCUUUCCUAAUUGUGACUUCUACUAUCCUGUGGAAUAAUGUCCUUAGGGAAGCAGUGGAAGACCAAUCAUAGGAGACAUAAAACUAGAUUGGAGAAAACAAUGGA